AUGGAAUUUGAUACUGUUAAUGAAGCUUAUGCAUUGAAUGGUAAAUGUAAAGGUUUUUCCAUUAGGAAAAGUGAUGUUAGGACAAGAGGGCCUGAAGGAAAAAAGGUAGUAGUAAUGAGGCAAUAUGUAUGCAAUAAACAUGGCUUAAGAGAGAAGAAACACUUAUGUAGGAUUGAAAGGAAAAGAGAUCACAACCGUUUGACAAGUACUAAAUGUGCAGCUAGGCUUCGUGUGCACUACAAAGCCAAAAAGGGUAGAUAUGUAGUAUCAAUUUUUGAAGAGGCUUAUAACUAUGAAUUAACCCCAUCUAGGUUUGUGCACUUACACCCCAUUUAUCGUGAAAUUUAUGAAGUAGAUAGAGCUCAGAUUGAUGGUCUUCAGUCACAUGGAAUUAGAACUUGUCAUAUAAUGGGGUAA